GGGUCCCGCCCGCCUGGGGGGGCGCAGGAAGAGGCCUGGGCUGGGCAGCGACCACAGCGUUUAACCUGCAGCAGCGCCUCUCAACCCACGAUUCUGUCCCCAGGGGACUCGUGGCGAUGUUUGCAGACACCGGGGUGCGGGAGCCACUAAGCCCCCCGCGUGAACAGGAGGCCCCUUCCUGUAAAGAGGCCGCCUGAUGUCAGCAGUCCCGCCAAGGUGGAGAGGCCUGCUUACAGGAAGCGGGGCCAGACUCCCCUGGAGGAGAAGGGAGUGGGGAAACACUGGUUUCUAGGAGGGUCUAAGACUGUUGAUCCCAGCUCAGCCCUGGGCCCCCGUCCCUCCCCACAUGGCCGUACCAGGAGGGUCCCAGAGAACAAGAGUCGUGAGGUCAGGGCCCUGUCUCCUUCACGUCUGCCCUGGAAUUUAAACGGGGGACUCUUAGUGUUUCUGGGUGAUGAGUGACAGUAAAGGAGGGAAAGCAGGUCAGCUGCUGGGUCGGUUUGGGGGUCUGGUGGUGAGUGUGUUUGGAUGUGCUGCGUGGAUGCAUCCGUGGGGAGGCAUCCAGUGGGUGGUUAGAAUGUGGGGUGUCGGCAGUGCAGACUCGGGGGCCCCUGCACAGAGCUGGGGGGCGGGGGCAGGGAGAGGGCUGCCAGGGCAGGUGGAGGUGUACAGACCACAGGGCCUCCCUCAGCAAACUUUCCUGCUGGGGGCUAGGUGGGGGCUGGAGCUUAACUGGGAUCAAGACAGGCUCUGCCUUGAGGACUGAAACUUGGAGCUGUGGCUGCCUCAGUACCCGCUGUACCAGCUGGGCGGUCCCCAGCUCCGCGUGUUCCGUACUAACUUCUUCAUCCAGCUGGUGCGGCCCGGCACGGCACAGCCGGAAGACACCGUGCAGUUCCGGAUCCCCCUGGAGAUGACCAGGGUGGACCUCAGGAACUACCUAGAGAGUAUCUACCAGGUGCCGGUGGCGGCCGUGCGGACACGGGUGCAGCACGGUUCCAACAGGAAGCGGGAUCACAGACACGUGAGGGUGAAGAAGCCAGAUUACAAGGUCGCCUACGUGCAGUUGGCCCACGGACAGACCUUCACGUUCCCCAACCUGUUUCCCGAGAAGGAGCAGGGCCCCGAGGGCAGUGCUGACGCCCACCUCCAGGACCACUUUAUGGAGGAGCAGCGGCAGCGGCAGCGGCGGAGCAGUGACCCCCGGCAUGGCGGUGUCCCUGCCUGGUUCAGCCUGUGACGGGGCCCCUGACGGGCCCAGCAAAUGGGCAGCUAUGCAGAGCCAGCCCUGUGGCCCCAAUAAAAGUCCUGCUGUACACAAACAAGCCAGAGCUCCGUCUC